UUUCUUCCAGAUACCGCGAUGGAUUUUCAAUUCGGGGAAGGCAGGGAGUGCGUUAAUUGCGGCGCAAUAUCGACACCGCUUUGGAGGAGGGACGGCACCGGGCAUUAUCUGUGCAACGCGUGCGGACUCUACCACAAGAUGAACGGGAUGAACAGACCCCUGAUAAAACCGUCCAAGCGGCUGACCGCGACCAGGCGGUUAGGGCUUUGCUGCACGAACUGCGGCACCCGAACCACGACCCUUUGGAGGCGCAACAACGAGGGCGAGCCCGUUUGCAACGCUUGCGGCCUUUACUUCAAGCUGCACGGUGUGAACAGACCACUGGCGAUGCGCAAGGACGGGAUCCAGACGCGAAAACGUAAACCGAAGAAGACGCCCGAGCCGAACGCGAGGUCCUCCGCCGUCGAGCACGAGACCACCGCCGUUUCAACCGCUUCUUCUCCCUCCACGGAAUUAAAGGGUAACCAACAACAGCAACAGCAACAGCAACAACAGCAGCAGCAGCAACAACAACAACAGCAACAUCAGAUCGAGGUGUCCAAAUCGUCCGCCGGUGGUGGCUCGAGCUCAUCAGAGAGACCGGUUUACCUCGGGCACACGUCUCUUUUAGCGACAGGAAGCGUGGCCACCGUCAAAACGGAACCUCGAAGUUGUGAUGGCAUUGUUGGUCAACCCUAUUCUUCGUAUUAUCAGCAUCCGCAUCAACUUGGGGUAUCGAGCAGCGAGCAUCAGCAACAGACCUAUUACGGGAGUCAAGAAGCACCUUACCAUCAUCAGCAUCACGUUACCGCGGCUGCCAAGUUAUUGGCAUCCACUUUUAUCGAGACAGGAAGAACGUUACCGACAACGGUUGCUUGCAAAGUUUGCGGCGACCGAUCCUAUGGCAAACAUUACGGAGUUUACUGUUGCGACGGUUGCUCGUGUUUCUUUAAACGAUCAGUGCGCCGUGGUGCCCUCUUUACUUGCAUAGCUGGCAUUGGAGCAUGCUUCAUCGAUAAAGCGAGACGUAAUUGGUGUCCAUAUUGUCGCUUGAAGAAGUGCUUUACCGUUGGCAUGAACACGGCAGCCGUUCAAGAAGAGAGAGGGCCACGCGUUCGAACCAAGAUCGCAGCCGUCGCUCGCGAUUUCUUUCGUAUUUCGUCGUCACCACCGACGCCACUGCCACCACCGGUAUCUCUUUCCUCGUCGGAACCAAGAAUCGCAACGCCCAUUUUAACAACAAAGAAUACAAUGAUGCGAUACCACACGAGCAACGCUAGCGUCAAUACCACCGGAAUCUCUUCUUCAUCGACCAGACAAAUCUAUUCUCCUCCUCGAUCUCCUAAGAUUCUUUCUACCGGAGAUACGAUACGAUAUGAAAUCGCGGCUCGGAUAUUCUUCGCGACUGUCCUAGCUGCUCGACAACAUCGAGAAUUUUCUAUGCUCGAUCUGGAGGAACAGAAUAAAAUUCUUCGAAGAGGAUGGGCUGCGGCGUUUGUUCUACGAGCCGCGAUCUGGCCGAUCGAUCUGACCAAUUUUCGAAAUACGAGCACAUCCAAUGAUGACACCGUGCAUGAUGCUAUAUUCGCGGCAAGAGCCGUCAUCUCUAGCUUACAACCUGAUCGAAUCGAGUUCUCGGUUCUGGAAACCUUGAUUCUCUGUCGACCCGAAAUCGCUGAAACAAUGAAUGGCAUUCGUUUAACAUCGCGAGCAAUGGACACCGCGGUGGAAAUUCUGGCUCGGCAUCUUGCUGGUAAAACCGAAUCAUCAGUCAGAGUGGCCAAACUUAUGCUCGUUCUUCCUAUUUUGACUGCUUCCUGUCCCCGGAAAUUAGCCAACGAUCUUUUUGCACCUAUUAUUGGAGAUAUUGAUCUUGAAAAAAUAAUCGCGUCUGUGCGUUGAUUCUAUUUCUUUUUUUCUUUCAUGGAAAUCUAGUCAUAAUUAUAUAACUCUAUUUUUCUUAAUUUUUUUCUUUUUGAACUUUAUCGUAUAUCGCGAAUAUCUUAAUCGAAUAUAAUUUUGGUGUAUUGUUCUCGAUGUAUUCACUCAUCAUUAUUGAAAUAAUUAAUAUAUAUAUUUUAAUUUCUUUAACCUCACUUUUUUACGCAUUUACACAUUUAGCAUAAUACAAUAUCAAUUCAAUUGAGUAAAAAACGAACAUUGAAUGAAGAAAUCGUGAUUGGUUUUUAUUUUCUUUGGCACUUUAUUGACAUAAUGUAACAAUCUUACCUUGCAUAAUAUGUACAAUUAUUUAUAAUAAUAUGGCGCAUUGAAAAACACGAGAAAGAAGCAUAUCAACUUUUAAUAAAAGUUUGCGAUGAUUCUUUAUAUGCUUUUUCCUUCAUUUUGUUUGAUUUAGAGCAAAAUUAAAUGAGCUAUAUAAAUUAUCGAUAUACAUUUAUAGAUAAAAAAGUAAUACAAAUAUAGCUAUAUGCUAUAAAUCGUAAAGGCUUCACACACAUUCGCUUAAUCGUUAAUAAUAAAUUAGAAUAUUCACACAAUAGAUAUUUGAAAGGUGAGUUGUGCUACUGCAUAAUAAUCUGCGAAUUUUUUAAAUUAUCUAUGUUUUCAUAUUUGCAUCUAGCACCAAUGUUCGAUGGUAUCGAAUUAUUAUUAUAUUGAAAACUUUAUAUUAUGCGCGCACGUUCAAAUUCAAUCACGGAAAAUGGAUUAGUUAAUUGAAAACGAAGCUUUCUUUUAACGAUCAAUAUUUUAUUUUCGAAUAACCUAUCUUAUGAAUGUUAAACUUAUUUUCAUCAACAUCCAAAGAUCCACAAAAUCUCUUCUCGUUGUAUCCCAAGAUGCGUAGUAUUAAUAAAAUUGAUCACAUCAUUAAUUAACAAGUAACCAACUAAUUUUAUAUCAUCACGAAAUUUGCAUAUCGAAACUAUGUCGUACGAUUAUAAUUUAAUUGACGAAAGA